GCGGCGGAAGGACGAAAGAGACUCUAGUGUGUGUCUUAAAAAAAAGGAAACAGAAAAAGGUGGAAACAUCUUCACCGACACAACCGACACGGUUCCUGCGGUCCUGCGUCGCUCCACAGCGGGGUCCUGACUUUUUAGACAUCAUGGAGACUGCUGUGAUGAGCCUGCAAAGCUUAUACGAUAACCUGAGGACGCAAGUGGACCUCCUCAAUGACAACAUUGAACCCAACUUCAUUCAGAUGGCACAAAACUUUGAUGACUGCCGUCGCAAAUGGCAGAGGGCGGAGCAGGAUCUGGGGUCCUGCAAAGAGAUUCUCACCAAAACCGAGACGGAGAGGGGAUCCCUGGAGGUCAAACUGAAACACGCCCGCAACCAAGUGGAUGUGGAGAUCCGGCGCAGACAAAAGGCUGAGGCCGACUGCGAGAAGCUGGACCGUCAAAUUCUGUUGAUUCGCGACCUGCUGACCAGCGAAGGAUCAAGCAACAGCAUCCAGCUGAGUGCAGAGCAGCGCUCGGCUCUGGCCUUCCUGAACCCGAACUCUCAGGCGUCCACCUCUCUGAAUACCAGCCGAAGACUGAAAACGAUAGACGAGUCCGCCUCCAUCUUGUCAGAUAUCAGUUAUGACAAAACGGAUGAUUCUCUUGACUGGGACUCGUCCAACGUGAGGACGGUACGCCUCAAGAAACGAGAAAAAAGGCGCUCUUCCAGAAACCGGGUGGAUGGUCCUCCACUUGCCUCCAAACGGAGUCGAUCAACAGGCAGAACUUCAGAGAGGGGAAAUGAGACUCUGGUUACAAUGACCACAGUGACUGUCCCUGCUGAUGGAGGACCUGUUGAGGCCAUUUCUACCAUUGAAACUCUUCCUUACUGGACUCGCAGCAGGGGAAGGACUGCUGCCAUGGAGUGGGCCUCUGAAGCUGUCCCGUCUGAGGAUGUCUUCAAACAGCCGAGCGUCCCCGAGGUGGAGCAGAGACAAGCGCCCAGCACUCCUCAGAGCACCGGAGGUGUCCGUCUCCAUGAGUUUGUCUCCAAAACUGUCAUUAAGCCUGAGUCCUGCGUGCCGUGUGGAAAGAGGAUCAAGUUCGGCAAGAUCUCACUGAAGUGCCGCGACUGCCGGGUCGUCUCUCACCCCGAGUGUCGCCAGCGUUGCCCUCUGCCAUGCAUCCCCACCAUGGCUGGCACCCCGGUCAAGAUCGGGGAGGGCGUGCUCGCAGACUACGUCCCCAGCACAUCACCCAGGAUCCCUCCUCUCGUGGUCCACUGCAUCAGUGAGAUCGAGCAAAGAGGCCUGCAUGAGGCGGGACUGUAUCGUCUGUCCGGGGCCGAUCGCACAGUGAAGGAGCUGAAGGAGAAGUUCCUCCGCAGCAGGACCGUUCCCGUGCUGAGCAAGGUGGACGACAUCCACGCCGUCACCUGCCUCCUCAAGGACUUCCUGAGGAACCUGAAGGAGCCUCUCCUCACCUUCCGCUUGAACCGCACCUUCAUGGAGGCAGCCGAGGUUUCAGAUGACGACAACAGCAUCGCUCUGAUGUACCAAACCAUUAGCGACCUGCCAAAGCCCAACAGAGACACGCUGGCUUUCUUAGCCCUUCACCUUCAGAGAGUCGCAGACAGUUUGGACACUAAGAUGGACGUCAGUAACCUGGCUCGAGUUUUUGGACCAACUAUCGUGGGUCAUGCUGUUGCCAACCCAGAUCCAAUGACAAUCCUGCAGGACACUAAGCGCCAGCCCAGGGUCGUGGAGCGGCUGCUGACUCUGCCAGUGGAAUACUGGGCCCCCUUUGUGAACGUGGGAAACGAGCAUCCGAACUUGGACCACCUGAUCAUCGAGAAUGCAAACUGCUACACCCCCGAGAGAGUGAGCAUGCUGGGACCUCUGACCACGCCGGAGCACCAGCUCAACAAAACCCCGUCCACCAGCUCCUUGUCUCAGCGCAUGAAGUCCUCUCUGACUCCCAGAUUUGGGAGCAAGAGCAAAUCGGCGGUUGGAAUCGGCCGCCAAGGAAAAUUCUUCGCAUCGCCGCUCCUCAAAUAGAGCGGCUGCAUAAAACUUUUUAUUCACACAGCAAUAUUGAAUAACUCGUAGCCAGGUACUGCUUUAUUAACAGCUCCCAUUGCCUCCAUGUUAGUCUUCCUCUUUAUACUUAUAAUCAUUUUUAAAGGUUCAUAAUGUUAAGAGUAUUUUCAGGAUUUUACGUGUUUUUUU